AUGCCUGACGUUGACGAGUCUCGUCUAAGGACACUGGAGAGUCUCGCUGCGGUUGCCAACAAGACAAUCGUUUCUCUUCCUACACCCCUGAUCCGCACCGAGGAGACUCGUAUCGUGACCAUGGGUCAGACGGAGGGCGUACCUGUGGCUGCUGUGCAGGAACCCUUCCAGGUCCACUUCACUGUCGCCAAUACGUUUGGCGUGCAGCUGCGCAUGUCAGAUGUGCAGUUCCAUUUUGUGAUCGACGAUACUGAUGCGCCCGUCGAAGCUGACCACACAGUGGACACAUUGUUGUGGGCGCCAUACGAGUGCUCCCCUAUCCAAGAAUGGUACGCUUGGAUCGUAUUACCUACAAACUGA